UUGCAUCGCAUCAUACUGAUUGGAUAGAUUAAAAAAAAAACACCUCCAAUAACAAGAAACCAAGAUUCGUUCGUCAUGCGCUUACACAAAGUCUAUCACCGUUUCUCUCUCCUUUCUCUCACUACGAGUCCUAGUAAUUCACAUUUUCUUCUUCAUCAUCCUCCUCCAUCUUAUUUUCAUUAUUCUCCCCCUUUUCUCCACUCAAAACGGUGUCGUAUUUCAUCAUCAUCAGAUAAAAAACCACCUUAUAUCAAAUCCAUGUCUGCUUCUCGAUUACACAAUCUGGUUCCGAUCAACGCAAUCGCUUCCGAAGAUGCCGUUGCUGCUGCUUCGAUUAACGGCUCUUCACUAUCACCUGAAUACAGUGAUGAUGAAUUGAACACUGGAUACCGUCUUCCGCCAUCCGAGAUUAGAGAUAUUGUUGAUGCACCACCAACUCCAGCUUUAUCAUUUUCUCCACAGAAGGAUAAAAUAUUGUUCCUAAAGCGAAGAUCUUUACCUCCCUUGUCAGAAUUGGCAAAACCAGAGGACAAGCUUGCUGGCAUCCGAAUUGAUGGGAAAUCAAAUGCUCGCAGUAGGAUGUCAUUCUAUAUAGGUAUCGGGAUCCAUGAUUUAAAGGAUGAUGGUACAUUGGGCCCUGAAAAUUUGAUACAUGGCUUUCCAGAGGGAUCUAAACUGAAUUUUGUUACAUGGUCAACUGAUGCCAAACAUUUAGCUUUCAGCAUUCGAGAAGACCAGGAGGAUGAUGGUGAUGGUAAGCUUAGAGUAUGGGUUGCAGAUGUGGAAACAGGAAAAGCUAGGCCCUUAUUCCAGUCACAAGAUGUGUUUCUCAAUGCAGUUUACGAAAAUUAUGUGUGGGUAAAUAGUUCGACUCUUUUAGUUUGUAUAAUCCCAGCCUCUCGAGGAAGCCCACCAAAGAAACCACUAGUCCCUUCCGGUCCUAAAAUCCAAUCGAAUGAACAGAAAAGCAUUGUUCAAUCUCGUACCUACCAAGAUUUACUCAAAGAUGAAUACGAUGAAGAUCUAUUUGAAUAUUACGCCACCUCACAACUUGUUUUGGUUUCCCUAGAUGGGACCAUGAAGUUAUUCGGUGAGCCAGCCAUUUAUACAUCACUAGAUCCUUCUCCUAACGAUAAAUACGUUUUAGUUAGUUCAAUUCAUAGACCAUUCUCGUUUACCGUGCCAUCUGGAAGAUUCCCCAAAAAGGUUGAUUUGUGGUCAGCGGAUGGAAAGUUUAUAAGGACACUAUGUGAUUUGCCUGUAGCCGAGGACAUUCCAAUUGCCUUUAAUAGUGUUCGAAAAGGCAUGCGCUCCUUAAACUGGAGAGCAGAUAAGCCUUCAGAACUCUACUGGGUGGAGACACAAGAUGGAGGUGAUGCCAAAGUAGAAGUUUCUCCUCGUGACAUAGUCUAUACACAAGCUGCUGAUGCCCCUGAAGGUGAAGAGCCGGAAAUCUUCUUUAAGCUUGAUCUUCGUUAUGGAGGAAUUAGCUGGGGUGAUGACUCACUUGCACUAAUAUAUGAAUCUUGGUACAAAACACGACGUGUAAGAACCUGGUUGGUCUCCCCGGGGUCCAAAGGUACUUCACGCUUAUUAUUUGAUCGAUCGUCUGAAGAUGUAUACUCGGACCCUGGUUCUCCUAUGUCACGGAGGACUCCUUCUGGGACCUAUGUUAUUGCCAAGUUUAAGAAGGAAGAUAGUCAAGGCACAUACCUUUUACUAAAUGGAAGUGGUGCUACACCAGAGGGAAACAUACCAUUCCUCGAUCUGUUUGACAUAGACACGGGCGAUAAGGAAAGAAUAUGGCAGAGCGACAAAGAGAAAUAUUUUGAGAGUGUUGUGGCUUUAAUGUCUGACCAAACUCCAGGAGACUUGUAUGUGAAUGAGUUAAAGGUAUUGACUUCCAAAGAGUCAAAGACUGAAAACACCCAAUUUUUCAUACAAAGAUGGCCAGAAAGGAAAGCAUGUCAAAUCACAAACUUCCCGCAUCCAUACCCUCAAUUAGCUUCUCUACAAAAGGAAAUGGUGCGUUACAAGAGACGAGAUGGAGUUCAACUCACUGCAACCUUAUAUCUUCCACCUGGCUAUGAUCCCUCACGGGAUGGCCCGUUACCUUGUUUGGUUUGGUCUUAUCCUGGAGAAUUUAAGGAUAAGGAAGCAGCUGGACAAGUUCGUGGUUCUCCUAAUACGUUUGCAGGCAUAGGUGCAACAUCACCACUGCUUUGGUUGGCGAGGAGAUUUGCAAUAUUAUCUGGGCCAACAAUUCCAAUCAUUGGUGAGGGCAAGGAAGAAGCAAAUGACAGUUAUGUUGAACAACUCGUUGGGAGUGCAGAAGCUGCAGUGGAGGAAGUUAUCCGUCGCGGGGUGGCUCAUCCAGACAAAAUAGCUAUUGGAGGACAUUCUUAUGGAGCUUUUAUGACUGCAAAUCUUUUGGCACAUGCUCCUCAUCUUUUCUCUUGUGGAAUUGCUCGCUCAGGAGCUUAUAAUCGAACACUCACACCUUUUGGGUUUCAGAAUGAGGACAGAACACUCUGGGAAGCUACUGAUACUUAUAUCAAAAUGAGUCCUUUCAUGGCUGCAAAUAAGAUUAAGAAGCCCAUCUUGCUUAUCCAUGGAGAAGAAGACAAUAAUUCAGGAACGUUGACGAUGCAGUCGGAUCGUUUCUUUAAUGCUUUAAAAGGCCAUGGGGCCCUCACUCGGUUAGUUGUGCUACCGUUUGAAAGCCAUGGUUAUUCGUCACGGGAGAGCAUAAUGCAUGUCCUUUGGGAGACAGAUAGGUGGCUGCAGAAAUUUUGUGUGUCAAACUCUUCUGAGGCCAACACAGAAGAUGUUGUGUCUAAAGCUGAUGAAAGUAGAGUAACCGAAGUGUCUGAGAACAAAGCUGUUGCUUCUGGUGGUGGUGCAGUUGCUGAGCAAGAAGACUUUGGAGUUGAUGGUCUUCAUUUUAGUACAAGAUCAUCCCUUUGAUUUCUCUAAUUUGGACUCUGGAGUAACCAUUGAUGAAGGUUGGAGGGGACCACUGGGUCCAUUGUUGUUGAAAAAAACUUCUUUGCAGAAGACGAGAUGUGCCACGAUUCCUGGAAUACAUGACUGGCUGAUGUUGUACAAUGUAAAGAUGAAGAGAAGGUUACCUCACCAUUUUUAUAGUCUUGAAACAAAAACAAACUUGUAUGAUUAGAUAUUAUGAGUUGUGUAUAAUAAGCAUACAACAAAGAAAUUGUCAAUAUGUAAGAUUUUUUCUGGAAAUGGAAAUUAAUUAUUAAGCUAA